AUGCCUGGUUAUGCAAAGUUUAUGAAGGAUAUGAUUAUAAAUAAGACAUAUGUGAGUUUUGAGGAUUACGAUAAUUUGCAACAUUGUAGUUCUAUUGCUAUAAGAUCCUUUGUAGAGAAAAAAGAAGAUCAUGGUGCUUUCACUAUCCCUUGUACCAUUGGGUUAUUGCACUUCGCCAAGGCACUAUGUGAUCUUGGUGCUAACAUAAAUCUCAUCCCAUUGACCAUUUACAAGAAAUUGGGAUUGGGUGAUGCGAAACCCACUACGGUGCGGUUGAUCACGACGGAUAGAAUUGUGAAGAGGCUUACUGGAGUUCUACAUGAUGUGCUAGUGAAGAUGGAGUCAUUCAUUUUUCUAAGUGAUUUUGUUAUUCUUGAUUGUAAGGUUGACUUUGAGAGUGGUGAGAUCCAAUCGGUAUAUGCUAUUACUUUUAAAAGUGAGAGUGCUUCGAAGGUGCAAUUCAAUGAGAAACUGGGUAUUGAGGCAUUAGAAGUAGUGAUAAUGAACUUUGAGAGUGAUUUCAUCGAAGUGUAUGAUGAGUUGGUGGCUGAACUUGAUAGGUGCGAAUAUCGGUCAAAACAUAAAAAGAUGGAGUUGGAUAUGAAAAUUCGUGAGACUCCACCAACGAGACAAUCUAUGGAAGAGAAACCUAAAUUGGAUCUUAAGGCUCUACCCCACAUUUGA